GAUUUAACCAGUAAUUGUCAUAUCCAAAAAAAAUGACUUCAUAUAAGACUACAGGUUUAAGAUGUCUGAGAAAGUUCGUGAAUACCGGGAGCGCUUGGCUGCGGCUUUGGAUCAAGCACUAGAGGACGAUACUCUGUCUGAAGAGGAACCAACAUCAGCUUUUUGUGCAGCUUCUCAUGGGAUGGAGACGGGGCCCUGUGCCUCCUCUACGGUGACACCAAAUGAAGCUCUGCCACUUUCGGACAGUGAUGUUUCCCCCACAAGGUGCAGCCUGGACUCCCCGACUGAAGUGGGGGACACUGGAGAUCACAGAGAAAUGAAUGCUUCUGCUUCAAGCAGUUGUGAAGGCUCUCUUUCCCAGCAUGGAUUCCAGGUCUUAGGGAAUUCAUACAUACAGAUGCUGGAUGACUUGGUGGCCAAGUUGGAAUUUGAGAAUGUGCUGAACAGCGUGUGUAGUCACCAGAAGCCCAGCAGCAAAGCAAGCUCAUGUCCAGUGUUGGGAGAUGGUGUCAGCCAUGCUGUGGUGGAAAGCACACCUGGGGAGGUAUCAGCUACAGGGGAGGACCACGCCAUCAUAGAAACCGUGCUGGACAUGGAGGAAGACUACAACGUUUAAGUAAAACAAAAGGGCCUGUUUACAGAGCGGAGAAUAUGACAAAAGUAAUUUGCAGAACUAGUCUCGAGUAGAGUAAGAGCAUAUGGGCGCAAUAGAUUUACCAGCUCAUAGUAUUUUUGUUUUCAAAAAAGGCUCUUGAAUUUACGCAUUUAAUAUGUGCAAAUACAUGACAGAUAUGU